AUGCCCAGACCAGCUGCCACUGCCAACUCGCAACGCUCGCGCAACCAAGAGGUGUCGACCGAAAACGAGGCCAUCAUCGUCAGAGGGGGUUACACCCACCCAGUCGCUGGGCGCGUCGACCUCGCCUCUGCAGUCAAGGCGGCCUGCGACGGCGUAGUGAGCUACGACCCCACGGCCACCGCGAGGCUCCUCCGCGAUGCUGCGCAAGCCGCGCGCCCAUUCAAGACGCUCAUCGAGGUGACCCCCGAGACGUCGACCGAGGCACACGAGCGCCUCGCGCUCCAAGAAAACGCUCCUUCCAUCGCCGUCCUCAACUUUGCCUCGGCGCGUAACCCAGGCGGCGGGUAUCUCGGCGGUGCGCGCGCUCAAGAAGAAGACAUCUGUCGCCACUCGGCGCUGUACACGACGCUCACGACGCCAGCCGCGGCAGACUACUACGCGUGCCACAACAAGAGCAGCGACAGGCGCUACUCGCACCGCGUCAUCUGGAGCCCAGACGUGCCAGUGUAUCGCGACUGCACCGGCGCGCUCCUGGCAGCUCCGUACGCCGUGAGCUUCCUCACAUCGCCCGCGCCCAACGCUGGGGCGGUCCGGCGGGACCCGGCCAUGUUCGCGACGGUGCCCGGCCUGCUGAGGGAGCGCGCGGCGCGCGUACUCGCCGUCGCUGCUGCACAUGGCGUGCGCACCCUCGUCCUUGGCGCGUGGGGCUGUGGCGUGUUUCAGAACCGGCCGGAGGACACGGCGAGGGCGUUCGCCGACCUCGUCAAUAUCGGCGGCGACUUUUACGGCGUGUUUGAGCGCAUCGUGUUCGCCGUGUACGACAAUAGCAAGAGCCAGGAGACGCUCACUGCGUUCAGAGUAGAGUUUGGAGUCGGAUCCAAGAACUACUCGUCACGUGCCGAGGACCAAGCGACAAUCGACGCCACCGUUACCGGCUCGCGUCUCGACGACGAGACGGCGGGCCUUACUGGUCAAGCGGGAACACUGCACCGUGCGCGCAAGUGCUACGUCUGCAAAGCCCGCUACAAGUCGGUGCACUUCUUCUACUACGCCCUGUGCCCGGAGUGCGCAGAGCUCAACUACGCCAAGCGCAACCCUGUCACCGACCUGCGUGGUCGCCGCGCGCUGGUGACCGGCGGCCGCGCCAAGAUCGGCAUGUACGUCGUGCUCUGGCUUCUGCGCAACGGCGCCCAUGUGACGCUCACCACGCGCUUCCCGGCCGACGCGGUGCGCCGCUUCGCGACCUUUGACGACGCGACCGGGUGGACCGACCGCCUCGAGAUUGUGGGGAUCGACCUGCGCGACCCGCGCCAGGUACUGCGUCUCGCUGAGCGUGUCGCCGCUGCUGGACUCGACAUUCUGAUCAACAAUGCCGCGCAGACGAUCCGGCGGUCCGCGGAGGCGUACGCCCCGCUGCUGCGCGCUGAGGCGGAGGGACUCCCGGCUGGCGAGAACCAACCGAAGGUACACAUCCUUGAGCGAUUCAGUGCGCCGGUGCCGUGCGGAACUCGUGCGCUGCCUCUGCCCCAGGCAGCCGAGCACCUCACCGUGGCCGACGUCGCAGUGCGAGCCGAGUCCACUGCUUCCUCAGCCCUCGCUACCAUCGCCGACCGCAACAUCUCUCAGGCGCUCACGCCCAACUCGAAUCCCUCCAACACCGCUCGGAUCGAUGCUGGCGGCCUCCUCCCCGACCUCGGGCACACGAACACGUGGUCCAACACCGUCGGGUCCAUCCCAGCGCUCGAGAUCCUCGAGGUGUCGCUGUGCAACGCGACUGCGCCGAUGCUUCUGAUCAACGCGCUCCGCCCGGCACUCGCGGCAAGCCCCCACGCCCGGACGUACAUUGUCAAUGUGUCGGCUGCCGAGGGGCAGUUUGCUCACUACAAGACGCCGGGCCACGCGCACACCAACAUGCAGAAGGCGGGCCUGAACAUGAUCACCCGGACCGCCGCAGACGAGAUGUUCGCAACCGACGGGAUCCUCAUGACGUCGGUCGACACGGGGUGGGUCACCGACGAGCGGCCGUGGGAUGCCAAGCUGGAGGCGUGGGGGCAGGGAUUCCGUUGCCCUCUGGAUCUGGUGGACGGGGCUGCCCGGAUCUAUGACCCCAUCGUUAGGGGCGAGGAGGGGGAGGACGUGUACGGUGUCUUGCUGAAGGACUACCGCGUGGUCGAGUGGUAA